AUGUUGGCUUCAAGGGCAACCGGGCGAGCUCUGCGCGCGUGGGGCUCGCCGGCACUGGCGGCGGCGGCGGCCCGGUGGGGCUGGCCUCUGCCCAGGCGCGACACGCCGGCCCCCGGGGGCCCGGCAGCCCCGGCGUCCGGGCCCAUGGCAGCCCCGGCCAUGGGCAUGGGGCGUCCGUGCGUGCGGGGGUUCUCCUCGGCCGGGGCGGCGCCUGGCCCGGGCGAUGGCCCGUGCGCCGGGGAGCGCCUCUGCCGGGCCAUCGAGGCCGGGAGGGAGCCCCUGCCGCAGGGGUUCGAUGAUGUGGCCCACUUCCGGCUGUUCUUGCGGCUGGUGGGAGAUCCGCGGGAGGGUCGCCCGCUGGCGCCCUUGGGCACGCUGGGCCGGCUGCUGGGCAUGGACCGGUCAUCGGUGCAGGCGCUGCUGAGCCAGUAUGGCCGGGAGUUUGGCAUUGCGCCGGCCAAGCGGCCGCUGUCCCUCUUCCCGGAGCAGGUGGUGGGCCCGGGGGAUCCGAUCUUCGAGGAUAUGAUGGGGCUGAUUCGGCGGGACCCGCCGGUGCUGGGGGCCGCCCUGUCGCGGCUGCUGUGCCUGCUGCCGAGGCAGGUGGAGGGCCUGCUGGCGGAGCAUGCGGCGGAGAUCCUGGACGAGGCGGAGCGCGACCAGGGGGUGUGCAUUCGCCGGCUGGGCCACCUGGUGACCGUGGCGCCGCCCCUGUCGAAGCAAACCAUGGCCACGCUCCUUUCGACCAGCCUGCUGCAACUGACGGCGGCCAUGAGAAGGCACUUCCCGGAGCAUGGGGUGAUGGUGGUGCCGAAGGCGUCGCCGGCCAAGCUGGAGGCCCUGCGGGCCGUCCUGGCCGACAGGACACGGGUGCCGGUCCCGCGGCUGGCGGAGAUCUGCACGCUGGCGGACGUGUGCAUAUCCACCGUCGCGACGCACGGGCCGACCCUGUGCCCGGAGUAUGUGGUCCGUCUGCGGGGCGAGCUGUCGCCGAAGAAGGUGGCCCGCUUGCGGGCACUGCUGCGAGAGCAAUGCCACAGCAUCAGGGCCAUGAGCAGGGAUUUGGGGCAGCCGGCGCGGUAUCUUCGCUGGUACAUCAAGUACUAUGAGCCGGGGGUGGUGUUGCCUGCGGGCAAUGACCAGCCGGUGUAUGUGCUGGCGCUGCCGGACAGCUCGACCCGGCUGACGCUGGCCGAGUAUAUGCGGCGGUUUUUGCCGGCCGCCUCGCCGCUGCACGGGACCCGGGAUGAGGACAUCCCGGCCCGAGCGGCCAAUUGGAUGCCCGGGACCGUGGCCGAUGACGGCGCGUCGGAGUCGGACGCCGAGGCGCCGGCGGCCCCGGGCCCGGAGCCGGGCCCGGGGCCGCCGGCGCGGAUGUCGGUGCAGGAGCGGAACCAGGCGCUGGAGGUCCGGCUGCAAGGGCUGUGCGGGCUGCGGCCGGCGCUGUCGCCGGCGGAGGUGCUGGAGCAGAUGGGCAUCCCUUGGGUGCACAUUGACAGGGCGCUGGCCUCCUUCGAGUGGCCGAAGGACCUCUGGGAUGCCCGUCGGCGGUUGGCCAGCCGGGCGCCCUCGGACGAGGGGAUCCGGCGGCUGCGGCAGCUGGCGAGCCAGGUGCACCCGUCGGGCCGGCGCAUGCGCCAUACGGUGCGGGAAUUGGCCGCCGAGCUGGGCCAGGAGCCGGAUGUGGUGUUCACCAUGCUGCACCAGUAUGCGCCGGAGUACUUCUUCCUGGCGGUGGCGCCGGAGGCCAAGUCCGGCCUGGGGGGGAUCUACGUGCCGGAGGAGAAGCUGGCCGACCUGCUGGCGGCGGUGCAUGGCCGGCACCCGGCGCCGGUGCUGCACCAGGUGGCGGCGGAUCUGGGCUGCACCCUGCCGCAGGUGGUGAACUCGCUGCGGGCGGACGCCUUUCAGCGGGGCAUCCAAUUCAAGGCGCCAAGCUACGCGCGGCACCUGGCUUCGCGGACCUUUCAGGUGGAGCAGGUGCUGGCCCUGUACCCCGGCAUGCAGGCUGCCCACAUGUGUUCCAUGUUCAGGGAUCUGCUCCCCCACCACUUCUACCGGUGCCAGCGCUACAUCGUGUCCCAGUGAAUACACAUACCCGCGCGGGGA